AUGGCCUUCCUGCUGCCCGCCGUCGAGCUCAUGCAGACGCUCAAGUUUACCCCCCGCAACGGCACCGGCAUUAUCAUCAUCAGCCCCACCCGUGAGCUUUCAUUGCAAACAUACGGUGUCGUUCAGGACCUCCUUCGCUACCAUCCCCAAACACAUGGCCUUGUCAUGGGUGGUGCCAACCGCCGAGCUGAAGCCGAUCGCUUGGUCAAGGGCGUCAACGUACUGGUCGCUACCCCCGGUCGACUGCUCGAUCACCUGCAGAACACGCAAGGUUUCCUCUACAAGAACCUGCAAUGCUUGAUCAUUGACGAGGCUGAUCGCAUCCUGCAAGUCGGUUUCGAGGAAGAGAUGCGCCAAAUCAUCAAGCUGCUCCCCAAGAAGCGCCAGACCCUUUUGUUCUCGGCCACACAGACGCGGAAGGUCGAAGACUUGGCUCGCAUCAGUCUCAAGGGCGAGCCCCUCUACGUUGGUGUCAACGACCAAGACGAAGAGGCGACAGCUGACAACAUUGAACAGGGCUACAUUAUUUGCCCCGCAGACAAGCGCUUCUUGCUUCUCUUCACAUUUUUGAAGCGCAACCUGAAGAAGAAGGUCAUGGUCUUUCUCAGCUCUUGCAACAGUGUAAAAUUCCAUGCCGAGCUGCUCAACUACAUUGACAUCCCCGUCCUGGACAUUCAUGGCAAGCAAAAGCAAGGAAAGCGCACGACCACUUUCUUCGAGUUUUGCAACGCAGAGCAUGGCAUUCUUCUGUGUACCGAUGUCGCUGCGCGUGGCUUGGAUAUUUCCAAUGUGGAUUGGAUCGUGCAGUAUGAUCCCCCGGAUGAUCCUCGCGAUUACAUCCAUCGCGUCGGUCGUACGGCUCGUGGCACAGACAAAUCGGGCAAGGCGCUUCUUUUCCUCCUUCCCGAGGAAGUCGCGUUUCUCAAAUACUUGAAGCAGGCCAAGGUGCGCCCAAAAGAGUACGAGUUCCCAGCGGCCAAGAUCAGCAAUGUACAGAUGCAGCUUGAAAAGCUGAUUCAGGAGAAUUACUAUUUGCACAAGUCUGCCAAGGAAGGCUAUCGCUCCUACUUGCAGGCCUAUGCUUCGCAUUCACUCAAGCAGAUUUUUGAUGUCAACACUUUGGACCUCAGUCGUGUCGGCAAGGCCUUUGGUUUUUCCGUGCCUCCCAACGUCAACCUGAAUGCAUGA